AUGGACAGGGAGGUGGAGCUGGGCUACAUAGAGGUAGUUGACAAGCUCGAGAGGAGGUUUGGUUACCGGGAAUUGCCGGAAACGGCAAGGGUAACCUUUUCGGGUGCGCGACAGGGAGAGGAGGAGUCUGUGGAUGAUUGGACGGACAGGGUUUUGACCCUUGCUGGCAAAGCCUUUAGGGGUUUGCCAGAGGAGUAUAUGGUGCAGGAAGCGAUUUUGAAAUUAUGCAUGGGAGCUAAGGAGAGAGAGGCUGGGGAACAAGUUAUAAAUCAGCGGCCUGUGUCAAUAGAACAGGCAAUUGACAAACUUAAAUGGGCUAUCCAUACUCACGGGUUAAUGUAUGGAAGACCAAAGUUGGUGCGAAAAGUGGAAUGUGAGGGGCAGGUAGAGGUUGCUGAGGUGAAGGUGGCCUCUCAGAAUAGACUGGUUGAAAGGGUGGUCAAGUUGGAGGAGAAAAUGGACAUCCUGAUGGGUAAACUUGACCAACUGUUGGCAAGACCCACCAGAAGUCAAUCUCCAUCCCCAGCCAGACGCCAAUGUUUUAAUUGCAACGAGGCAGGGCAUUUCAAAAGGGACUGUCCUAAACUUAGGAGCAGGACACCGUCCCCGGCUAGGGGUGACCGCUGUUACCGUUGUAACGAGCUUGGUCACAUGGCCAGAGAUUGUCCCAAACAGGCAAGUGAUAAAGUCGGUGAUACCCCUAGAGAAGGUAGGAAGGUGUCUUUUGCCGAUAUAAACGGCAAGGGGUCAGUGUAG